AUGAAGAAGGGGCGAAAAUCGCAACGGGACAACCAGCAGAUGAAGUGCGUUAUUGGUGAAUCCUCUCGGCACACCACUGGCCCAGUCUAUUCUCCUAACCCUCUUCUCUUGACACAGUUACCUGCACAGGUGAAUACUGUCACUACAUUUGUGGAUCCUAACCUACCAGGAGGAUUUGAAACUAGGGCCCCACCUGUCUCUACUGAGGUGUCUACAGUUGACUCCCAGGAUCUUCUCAAUCCCCCACUAUGUUCUCUUCAGAAAAAUAUGUUAUCGCAAAGCAUCUCAGGGGAGACCUCCCAAAUGAGUGUCAGUCAUAGCACAAAGCCCAACGUGUCUUCAGAGGACGGAUCUACAAGCACAAAGGUUUCAGCAAAGCACAAAGCAGGACGUAAGGCUUCCACGAGGCCAGUCAUAGCUCAGCUCGCCGGCACAGUCGCUACAGUGUCCCUGUCCGCAAGGCCGCAACCUCCCGCCAAACCCAGACCGGAGAGGCCGUCGACAGCGGCUCGACCUCACAAGGCCCGGCUGCUUUCACGGCAGGUGUCCGAUGCGGAGAAGAUACCCGCUCUCUCACAAGUACCGCAGAAACCUUCCCCGAGAGAUAGCCGCAUUGUAAGCUCUGACAGCACUGAUGUGACCGGAGAAAGCGACAGCUUGUACUCCGAACAGUCAGACAGAACCGCGCUGAGAAACGCAAAGGUAAAAAAGGGGGAGCCCAGCAAGGACCAUCAGCUACAGUCGUCUUCCAGCAGCCAUGACUCAAAGUCAGACCAUAGCGGCAAGGUCACCGGCUCCACUCAGACUCUGAAAUCCACUACAGAGUUGUUGAAGGAGGCCAGGAGCAUUGCGGGGGUAACGUCUCCGGGGCCGAGGGAGAACGAGCAGCAGAGGGUGCCAGAGGUUCUCGUGGCGGCCGCCAAAAACCUCGUCAGGAAAAGCAGGCGCACGGUGGACGAGAUAAUCACUUCCCUACAGAGCGGGGGGGGCAACCAGUUCUCUGCCUCGGAUCAGAUCAUAAAGGAAGUGAUGAAGAAAAUGCUUGGAGAUGCCUCCUGUAUGGAUGAUGAGGUUCCGAGUCAAAAGGAACCCUCCGUUCCGCAGAUGUUGUUGCGGACCGCGAAGGAAAAACGGCCCUCACAGUUUGUCCCGUCGUGUGACUAUAAGAUGACCUACAAGUUUGCCCCCUCCAGUGUCUCACAGACCGAGCCUGGAUCCGGUUCAGAUGACGUUACGCCGCUUUCCGCAAGGUUCAAACAUUGUGCCAGCGAAUACAAAACCAUCCAUCACCUUUGUACACUUCCUGCCAGUCAAGUCUUGCCUGUGGAACUACAACUGGCUUCUCGAGUGUGCCACACACCCAGUCUGUUCGCUGCAAUGAUGCGGGUGUGUCAGCAGAGGGCAGCACCGAGCCACAUAGCCGAGGAAGCUGACACAGAGAGGCUAGUGCGUGAAGGGCUCUCUGUGGUUCCCGACGGAGAGUCGGAUGAAAAGAAAUUUGUCCCAGACCCAUCCCCACGGGGUUCUGAGAUUCUCCUGGACUGGCAGAGAAUUGCUGAACAUUACGUGGAGAAACCCAGAAUGAUGGUGUACGGAGAAAGCGCCACACUGUGUCGCAAUGAGCUGAGAAUGUUCUGGAAGCCAGCACCUCCUAAAUUCCGCUGUGCCCCAUCCUUUUUGAAGGACAAGCUCUUUCCUAAGUACCAGGUAGAACGCUGUAUCCUCCCAGCGACUCGACACGAUCCGUCCAGUGAACACCUCCUGCAGCAUGUGGACGAGUCCAUAUUUGGAGUACUGGAGACAGAGAGACGCAUCUCAUUGGAAAACAUCCUGUUCUGCAAGCACAAGUCCCUGACGGACCUUUGCCAGGAGGAGCAGACCCCGCACGCUUCAUCCGGCACGGGCUCUAAUGCUCCGAUAAAACGAUCCCGGUCUGCUCCGCACUUGAGCUUGGAGCCGGACACCCCCCUGAGACUGCGGUCAGACUUCACCGCGGUCACCAGAGAGCUAGACGCGGUCAGACGGAGUCAGCAGCUGACCGCGUGUGCGCCCUCCGCAACCGGCCAGGCGGCCCAGCAUGUUAUGAUGGCUGGAGCCAAGGAUCCAGACCGGGCUCCAAACCACGCCCUCGUGCAGCAACGCAGGGAGAGAGGCAGAGGAGCGGUGCUGGGGGAGCAGUCCGUGAGGAGAUACAGUGUUUAUCGCCCCAGACGUAGAGUCGCCAGAACGAACAAGAAGCUCACGGCCGUCAAGUUGGCCUACAUCCAUAAGAAACUGAAGGAGCCUCCACGAACCAUUUCCAGGAGCGAGUCGCUGAGUCAUCUACCUGGAAAGCCGGCUGCCUCUCCCCAGCAUGCAUCUCUUCUCCGCCGCCCGAGCCUGCCUCUUCUGCUGGACUUUGAGAGCUUUGCCGCGGAACGGGGUGGCAUUCCCGACGACUACCCUCCUCGCGAGUGGGUUCGAGACAUCUGGAACAUCUGGUUUGAUGAAGUCUUCCCUCCGCUUGAGGAGAGCAGCACCAAGAAGAAGGAGACGACUGAAGCUGACCUACAGAGCGAGUCGUCAGAGAGUCUUCCCGCAAAGGAGGAGGUCCAGCAGCUGGACUGGGUGGACCUCUCGCGGACUCUCGACGACGGCAUUACUGCCGCCGAUCUGGAGAGCGAGGUUGCCAGACUGACCCAGCUCAUGGCUGAAGAGGGGAAGGACAGCGCGUUUAACCUCUGUCGCCGAGGGGCACUUUACAAAAAACUUGGCUGUCUCAACCAGGCCCUGGAAGACCUCAACGCUGCCAUCUCCCAGGAGCCCCAUUUACUGGACGCAUACUGGCAUAGACAUAGCGUCUACCUGCUGAGAAAUGACCCUAAUUGCGCUCUGGAUGAUCUUAACUUCAUCAUCAAACACAACAAGAAACACGCAGACGCCUUCAAAUCCAGAGCGGAGAUCUAUAGGUUGAAGGGGGAAACCACUCUUGCGAUAAUCAACUACACGCAGGCUAUAAAUUGCAGGCCCGAUGAUGAUUCCAACUACUUCAAGAGGGCGCAGAUGUACGAACAGAGAAAUGAAAAUUUGUUGGCCAUGGAGGACUACGCCAAAACGUUCGCGGUGAACCCGGCGAGGACGGACGCUCUGCUCAUCCACGGCCUUCACUACUUUAACAUCUCCAACUGGAUGGUGGCGCUGUCGGACUUUUCGCUCGUGCUCCAGCAGGAGCCAAGACACUCCACAGCCAGGACGUACAGAGGAAGGGUCUUUGCGAAACUGGGCCAGUACCGGUCAGCCAUCGAGGACUAUUCACUGGCCGUCCACGUGGAUCCCAACAACUGGCAAGCUUUUUACUACCGAGGCUGUCUGCUGAGGAGCAGACUGCCUGAAAUGGCCCUCCGAGACUUCAGCACCUCUGUGCUCAUCAAUGACACGGUGGAAAACCUUAGCGCCUUCCUGCACCGUGGCCUGCUCUACACAGAACAGAGAAACUGGCAUCAGGCGAUGUCAGACUUUGAAGCCGUGAUCAAACUCGACAGGACAGUGGCUGUCGCCCAUGUCAGUCUGGGUCUAAUCUACAUGCUGAAGAUGGAUGAGAAUUAUGAAGCCAUUAAAAUGUUCAGCAGCGCUCUGAGGUUUAACCCCACCUACAUAAGGGCGUACAUCUGCCGAGCCAGGGCCUAUCACAACGUGCAUGAUUUAAACAGGGCUCUGAAAGACCUGACACGAGCCAUUCACAUGAACCCAGACGUCCAAAACCUGUACAUCUUAAGAGGUCAGUAUUUGUGUGAAAUGGAGGAGUUUGAUCUGGCAACCUUCAAUAUUCAGUAUGCUGCCCAGAUUAAUGAAGCUCUUGGCUCGUGUCCGAUCCAGCAGGCAGCUGUGCAGUCUUUCCUGGGGAAUGACUCCAAAGCCAUUUCGUGUCUAAUGGCCGUGGCAAGCAGCCGGCCCUCUCCCUCCAUCCUCACCCUUCUGGGAAGGAUGCAGAUGAAGGCCUGCAAGUUCAUGGAAGCGGUGGAAAGCUUCAAUAAAGCACUGAAAAUCCUGAAUCCUAAUGAGGCCAACCUGGUCAAAGUCCUUGAGGCUGCGGAGGUCUUUUACUUGAUGGGCAUGUGCUAUAUGGCUCAAGGUCUCCUUCAACAGGCGGUGGAUGCUUUCAAUAACGCAGUGAAGGUUAAUCCGAGCUACGCAGACGCUUACCAUCAGCGCGGCCUCUGUCGCAUGCGCCUUCAGCAACCCAAGAGCAUUCAAGACUUCAAACACGCCUUACUGAUCAACCCCAACCUCUUUCAGGUGUAUUUAAGCCGCGCCGCUUUCUAUGGAGCCAGCGGCCGUUAUUCGAAAGCCAUUCUCAACUGCAAUGAAGCUAUUCAAAUUCAGCCAAAGAGUGUCAGGGCUUAUCUCUACAGAGGAGCGCUCAAGUACCAUCUGAAGAUGUACAAAGGGGCAGUGGAGGACUUGACCACCGCCAUAAAAAUUGAUAACACCUGUUCAUUUGCAUACUACAACCGUGCUGUGUGUUACCAAAUGCUGAAGAACUAUGAGCUGGCUUUGAGAGACUAUGGCAUUGUCCUGCUUCUCCCCAGUCAAAAGGAGACAGAUCUGAGAGUGCUGAUUAACCGUGGUCUUCUGUACAUGGAGCUUAAUGAUCAUCAUAAUGCUCUGCAGGAUUUUGAAGAGGCUGCAGUAAAAUGUCCUGAGGAUUCAAGCAUCUAUCAUACCCUGGGGGUCUACCAUCACAGGCUUGGGCAGUUGGAGGAGGCGGUUAAGGCCUACAGCCAAGCCAUACGGCUCAACCCCUUUUUCCUCGACGCGUACGUGGGCCGUGGCAACGUCUUCAUGGACUACGGUCACGCCCAAGCCACCAAACAGGCCCAGAGGGACUUCCUGUCUGCCCUGCACCUUAAUCCUCUUUGCUCCAGCGCCCGCAUCAGCCUGGCCUUCAACUUCCAGGUUUUUGGACGUUUCCAGAGAGCGUGGAACCAGUUCACCGUAGCUGUUGAUAUCAACCCCGAGUGCUGGGAGGCAUUAGAAGGACGUGCUGUUGUCAGUCUCCAGAUGAGCAACACAUACGCCGCCUUUUUGGACAUCAACAACGCUCUCAAGCUCAGUCCUCUCUCAGACCAGCUCUUCACAAACCGUGGUGUGAUAAACCAGUUUAUGGGAGAUAAUGUAGCAGCCAUGAGAGACUAUCAGAAAGCCAUAUCACUCAACCCCUCAUCUGCCCUGGCCUUCUUCAAUGCUGCCAACCUGUUCUUCUACAACAGACAGUUUGAACAGGCGUGUGAGUACUACAGCCGGGCGGUGGAGCUGGAUCCCAGUGACGAUUCGGCCGUUCUGAACAGGGCCAUCACGUCGGCCUUGCUCCGGAAAGUUCCGGAAGCGCUGCGGGAUUUUUCCGAGGCCCUCAGACGCAACCCUUACUCCUCACAUGUGUUCUUCAACAGAGCCAAUCUGUACUGCUCCAUUAAGGAGUACGAAGCUGCUGAGAGGGACCUCACACAAGCCCUGCGGCUCCAGCCCAGCGACGCCCUGGUGUAUAAGCUGCGUGCGGAUGUACGUGGGCAUUUGGGCCUGACACACUUGGCAGUGGAGGACUACAGGACCGCACUGGAGCUCCAGGAACCUGCUGAGCAUUAA